AUGUCUGCCAUGGCCAAAGUGUCAAGGGCAGCUUUCUUCAUUUUCAACCCGUCACUGGUACCCGACUCGGUGAAGCCCAGCGAAGAGGAGCUCCAGGACGCGAAGAUCAUCUACUACUCCCCGUCUUGUGCACCCAUCGAAGAGAAGCGAUCUCAGGUGGGUAUGAUUGAAGGCCUCAUCUCAUUCACUGCAAUGUUUAGUGGUGAAGAAGGCCCACUGCGGCACAUCCGCACGAAGCAGUUAGCCUUCAGCAUCAUGGAGGUCGAACCUCAAAUUUGGAUGGUCCUCGUCAUGCGGCACGCGGUCGCUUCUGACGGAACUUGCGAUGAGGAAGGCCUUUCUGAGAAGACCCUCCAGGCAGUCCUUCGCAACUGCUACAAUGUUUUCCGCUUACUGCAUGGCGAAGUCCAAUCGUUCAUCAAGGCGCAGUCCAUGCACAAACUCUUCGAUUUGCUCGAGGACUUUGUGCCUGCCUUUCUUGAAACAGUGGUUGCCAGCGAUUUGGGCAUCUUCCAAGAACUGGAGGGCUUCCACUACAGUCCAGUGGAACGCAACACCUGCGUAUCAAUUCACUGCUUUCUGGACAAGGUGCAAGAGCAAUUUGCUUGUGUUCGGCAUGCUGCGUUGCUCUACAAUGCACACUUGGUUUACACAAAUCUGCCCUUGGAUGACAUGAGGGUACUCUACAGCUACUUGGUGGCCUUCAACGGAGCAGUGUCUAGCCAGAAGCUGAACAAGCCGCCCUUCGGUGAUGACAAAGAGCUAAAGGCGCAGCAGUUGAAGAUCGAGAAGCUUGAGGAGAGAUAUGUGAAGGUUGUGCGAUUCAACAAGAUUCUCACGGAGGAAUGGGAUCGGCAAUCCUUCCAGCGGUUCUGUCACGAGUUGCUCCCUGAGUGCGAUGGCGCCUUUGAGGAGGCCGCUGCACAGGAGACUGCAGCUGAUUUGCAAGAGCUCCUGAGGCAGUUGGCAGAAUGGAGACGUCAUGGAAAUGCUGCUCAUGAAGACCGAAAGGUCUUCCAGCAAUUCUUGGAUCUCAUUUUUCCCAACGAUGAAGCGAUCGCCGGGCUCUUUGCGAGGCCAAGCAUGGGCGAAGGGGCCUUCGAUCUGCUCCAAACGAAAUGGAUGAAGCUGGAGGACCUACACAACCAGUCAAUCUCCAGCAUCAAUGCGAUGGCCCACGACCAGGCACUGGCGCAACAAGAGGAUCUUUAUGCCGCGCAGCGAGCGCAGCUGGAAGCAGAGAAGAAGAUCCAGGCCUUGCAAGACGAGCUCGCGGGCAUGGCUCGGGAGAAGGCACAAGUGUUGAAGCAGAAGCUUGAUGGGAAAAGCACAGAUUUUGUCCAAGAUCUCCAGGUCGCAUCCAUCUCAAAAGAUCCGCGCGAGCAACGCGCUUUGGAGGAGGAAAAGGCUGCUGCCGAGCGGCGGGAGAGGGAAGCUUGGCAGUCCUUGGAUCGUCAGCGUGAGGCGACGGCUGGCACGGAGGAGUUUCUUUUUGUCUUAGACUUGAGGAAUAGCUGGUCUGUGGUAGUAGGCCUUGAACGUGCCAAAUCGCUCUGGGCUUUAGCAGCUGCAACUCCAUGGGGAGAUGUGACUCAGUACAUGACCCGUUGGGGCUUGUACGAGCAUGGCGCAGGGGCCUCAUAG